CAUACAUAUUUUUAUAUUAAAGGUAAAGAAGCGAAAUCCCAUUGGAAAAAACUAAGAGACAGCCAUAGAGAAGCUCUGCGUCGACGUAAAACUUCCACGGGCCAGGCAGCACAAAACUUGAAGCCAUGGAAGUACGAGGCUUUAAUGGAAUUUUUACUGACACAAAAAGAAAAUAACGAAACUUCUUCAAAUUACUCAAGUCAGUUACAAGAGACAAGUCAAGAUACUCAAAACAGUUCGGAUACAAAUACGAAUAACGAUUCUAUUGAAUCGCCUGCCCCGCCUCCUGAUCCUCCACUCGCAACAUCGUCUACAAUUCAAUCUGAAAAGAAGAACAGCAUGCAAACGGAAAUAACAGAGAUUCUUCGGAUCCGCGAGAAAAAUCGAGAGCAAAGACGAAUAGAAAGAAAUGAAGAAAGAAUGAGACAAAUUGAUUCAAAUCGACCACGAGAUGCAUUAACUGAUUUAUUCGCUAGUCUUUGUCAAAAGACACGCGAUCUUCCAAAGUAUUUACAAUUGAGAGUACAACGAGAAAUUUUUGAAACAAUUACUCGUGCUGAAGAAGAAGCAUUGUCCUAUGACUCAGUAAAUAAUUACUACUGCUCCACGCCAUCUACCUCGUCUUCUUAUGGAUACACAAGUGCCACAAAUUAUCAAACCACCAAUUUACCUGAUGCUAGCCCCUUGCCCGAUGUCAGCACCUUACGUGAUGUCAGCACACUGGCUGAUACCAGAACACUGCCUGAUGCCAGCACUCUGCCUGAUGCCAGCACCGUACCUGAUGCCAGCACCGUGCCUGAUGCCAGCAUCUUGCAUGAUGUCAGCCACUUGACCGAUAAUAACAGCCAGCACCUUGCCUGAUGCCAGCCACUUAACAACUGUUUGAAUUCACUUUUUAAAAUAUGAUACGACUUACCUCA